GGAAGUUGCAGUGGCCGAGGUUGCGCCACUGCACUCCAGCCUAGGUGGCAGAGCCAGACGCCAUCUCAAAAAACGAACAAACAAACAAAAUGGGCAUUUUAUAGACAUGAUGAGAUUUUAAAACACAGCACAAUAUGUGUUAAAACACAGAACACUGUGGAGCCUCAGUUGUUUACCUUGGUGAUUGCGUGGUUGACCCAGGGCUGUGGCUUGCUGCCACUGCCCAGCGUCGCAAAAGUAUCACUAGCCUCAGAAAAGAUUAAAAUUCAAAGUAUGGUUUCUAUUGAAUGCAUGUCACAAAGUCAGAAUCUUAAGUGGAACCAUCGUAAGUUGUGGACUGUCUGUACUGUCCCUUUACUUCUAAAUACUUCAGUAUGUGUAUCUUGAGAACAAGGGCACUCUCUUAUGUAACUCAUUGUCUAAUGAUCCAAGUCAAGAUUAGGAAUGACAGAAUAUUAUCUUACCCACGUCCAUAUUCACAUUUCAUGAGUUGUCCCAAGUAAAAAUAGUGCUGUUUUUCCCCAGUCUAAGGUCUAACCCAUGAACACGCAUUUAGCUGUUCUUUUUGGUCUAUGUAAGCUAGAAGAGAUUGUUUUUCUUGACUUUGAACUUUUUUGAAGAGAACAACCCAGGUACUUUCUAGAAUACCCUUUAAUUUGGGUUUAUGUGAUGUUUCCUCAUGAUUAGAUUCAGGUUAUACAUUUUGGCAGGAGUUCUGUGUGAGUAGUAUUAAGUUAUUCGCAAUGUCUUACAUCAAGAGGCAUAUGGUGUUGGUUUGUCUUAGUAUUGGUGGUGAUAACUGUCAUUUGGGUUAAGGUGAUGUCUACCAGAUCUCUCCACUACAGUUACUAUUGUACUCAUGUAAUUUUCGAGGAGAUGCAUUAAGACCAUGCAUACAUCCUGUACCUUAUCAAGCUUUCACCUGCUUCCACUGGUGACUUUCUAAAUCCCUCAAUUCUUCUGUAAUUUCUCUUAGCAUUCUAUAGUAAGGGAGAGCUUUCCUCUCCUCAGGGAUGGGUCUGCAAACUCAAUUUCCCAUCUUUGUAUUCACUUUGAACUUGCUGGGCUGGGCCCUCCUGGCCCUUUUCCUCUCAUCUUCCUCCUUUGGUGUGCUUUUGUGGGUAUGAGGUAUGUAGUGGUCAUUCCUGGGCUCAGGGAGAGACUUGGAUCCUUCUCUAAGCAGCAACUUGCUUGUCUUUGGCAUGACUGACCCGGCAUGGGGCUAAAUGCAUGCUGUGUCAGAUCAUCAGUGUUUCCCUCAGGCCUGGGGCUGCGUGUGGGAAUGUGGUCUGUUGCCAGCUUUCCGUGCUCAGCCUGGGCUUAAGUGAGGACAGUUUUAGGGGAAGAAAAGAACUAUGGGUUCCCACUAGGAAGCCAUGGCUGACCCUGGCCUAGGCUGAAUUUGUUAAUCAAAGUUCUUCUUUCCCUACCCGGACAAACCUACACUUCAUUCUUAGAGCACAUGUGUACACACAGGCUUGGUUGGAUUUCUUUUCAUCUUGACAAAAAACAAAGUCCAGUGUGACUUUAAUCAUUGUGAAUUAAGGAUCUUUUUGUGUUUCCCUGGUUUUAGGAGAGCCUGAUUCGUGUGAUUGAUCUGAGGCUCUGAAAGUUUCUGAGCAACACUAAGAAUGUCACAUUAGGAUCUUCUCUUUAAAAGUAUCUUAAAGAUCUUUUUAUUUCUGCUGGUGGAGCUCGCUAGGGAACCAGAGACAUGGGAAGAUGAACUGGAGGCUGAAGAAGUACCAGAGAGAGGAUUUGUGAGAAAAGUUGGGGGUCAGAUGUGAUUCCUGAGUGGUAUGAAGCAGGGAAAUGCUUUUCAAAUAGUGUGGUUCAUUUUUUUCCUUUUUCCCCCCUCUCUCUCUCUUUAGACAGGCUCAGAGCUCAGCCCAGUUGAUGGACCUGUUCCAGGUCAGAUGGACUCAGGGCCAGUGUACCAUGGGGACUCACGGCAGCUAAGCGCCUCAGGGGUGCCGGUCAAUGGUGCUAGAGAACCCGCUGGACCCAGUCUACUGGGGACUGGGGGUCCUUGGCGGGUAGACCAAAAGCCCGACUGGGAGGCUGCCCCAGGCCCAGCUCAUACUGCUCGCCUGGAAGAUGCCCACGAUCUGGUGGCCUUUUCGGCUGUGGCCGAAGCUGUAUCCUCUUAUGGGGUCCUUAGCACCCGGCUCUAUGAAACCUUCAACCGUGAGAUGAGUCGUGAGGCUGGGAACAACAGCAGGGGACCCCGGCCAGGGCCCGAGGGCUGCUCUGCUGGCAGCGAAGACCUUGACACAUUGCAGACGGCCCUGGCCCUCGCGCGGCAUGGCAUGAAACCACCCAACUGCAACUGCGAUGGCCCAGAAUGCCCUGACUACCUCGAGUGGCUGGAGGGGAAGAUCAAGUCUGUGGUCAUGGAAGGAGGGGAGGAGCGGCCCAGGCUCCCAGGGCCUCUGCCUCCUGGUGAGGCCAGCCUCCCAGCACCAAGCACCAGGCCACUCCUCAGCUCUGAGGUGCCCCAGAUCUCUCCCCCAGAGGGCCUGCCCCUGUCCCAGAGUGCCCUGAGCAUCGCCAAGGAAAAAAACAUCAGCUUGCAGACCGCCAUUGCCAUCGAGGCCCUCACACAGCUCUCCUCCGCCCUCCCGCAGCCUUCUCAUUCCACCCCCCAGUCUUCCUGCCCCCUUCCUGAGGCCUUGUCACCUCCUGCCCCUUUCAGAUCUCCCCAGUCUUACCUCCGGACUCCCUCAUGGCCUGUGGUUCCCCCUGAAGAGCACUCAUCUUUUGCUCCUGAUAGCUCUGCCUUCCCUCCGGCAACUCCUAGAACUGAGUUCCCUGAAGCCUGGGGCACCGACACCCCUACAGCAACACCCCGGAACUCCUGGCCCAUGCCUCGCCCAAGCCCCGACCCCAUGGCUGAACUGGAGCAGCUGUUAGGCAGUGCCAGUGAUUACAUCCAGUCAGUAUUCAAGCGGCCUGAGGCCCUGCCUACCAAGCCCAAGGUCAAGGUGGAGGCACCCUCUUCCUCCCCAGCCCCGGCCCCAUCCCCCGUACUUCAGAGGGAGGCUCCCAUGCCAUCCUUGGAGCCCGACACCCAUCAGAAGGCCCAGACCGCCCUGCAGCAGCACCUCCACCACAAGCGUAGCCUCUUCCUAGAACAGACACAUGACACCUCCUUCCCUGCUCCUUCGGAGCCUUCUGCUCCUGGCUGGUGGCCCCCACCAAGCUCACCUGCCCCACGGCUUCCAGACAGACCACCCAAGGAGAAGAAGAAGAAGCUCCCAACACCAGCUGGAGGUCCCUUGGGAACGGAGAAAGCUGCCCCUGGGAUCAAGCCUAGUGUCCGAAAGCCCAUUCAGAUCAAGAAAUCCAGGCCCCGGGAAGCACAGCCCCUCUUCCCACCUGUCCGGCAGAUUGUCCUAGAAGGGCUCAGGUCCCCGGCCUCCGAGGAAGCGCAGGCUCAUCCACCGGCCCCUCUGCCUGCCUCACAGGGCUCUGCUGUGCCCCUGCCCCCAGAACCUUCUCUUGCGCUAUUUGCACCUAGUCCCUCCAGGGACAGCCUGCUGCCCCCUACUCAGGAAAUGAGGUCCCCCAGCCCCAUGACAACCUUGCAGCCAGGCUCCACCGGCCCUCUUCCCCCUGCCGAUGACAAGCUGGAAGAGCUUAUCCGGCAGUUUGAGGCUGAAUUUGGAGAUAGCUUUGGGCUUCCCGGCCCCCCUUCUGUGCCCAUUCAGGACCCUGAGAACCAGCAAACAUGUCUCCCAGCCCCUGAGAGCCCUUUUGCCACCCGUUCCCCCAAGCAAAUCAAGAUUGAGUCUUCAGGGGCUGUGACUGUGCUCUCAACCACCUGCUUCCAUUCAGAAGAGGGAGGCCAGGAGGCCACACCCACCAAGGCUGAGAACCCACUCACACCUACCCUCAGUGGCUUCUUGGAGUCACCUCUUAAGUACCUGGACACACCCACCAAGAGUCUGCUGGACACACCUGCCAAGAGAGCCCAGGCCGAGUUCCCUACCUGCGAUUGCGUCGGUAAGUCCGCCUGGGUAUCAGGGAAGGGCAGAGAAAGGGCUGUGGCCUGGUGAGCUACGUUUUCUAGGCUCUUUCAUUUGCCAAACAUUUAUUUUGUGCCAACUGCCACACUGAGUUCUGGGAACACAGAAAUGAGCUCAUAGCCUAGUGGAAAAGACAUUGAAAGAAACCAGUGUGAUACGUUGGGAUAUGCCACGUUGGUAGAGGUGGGCAUAGGCUGCUUUGAUACACAAAUGGAGGCGAAGGCAUAAUAGAGGACUUCCUGUAGGAGGUAGUGUUUGUGCUGAGCCCUGCAGAGCCAUCAGAUGGAAGGACACAUUCUAAGAAGAGGGGGACAGCUUGGGCAACAGCUUAGUGGCUAUGAGGGAGUAGGACUUACUUGGUCUCUUCUUGGUCAUGCAGGAGCAAAAGGGGUUGGGUAUAUGUGGGGAUGAACAAAAGGUGGCUUGGUGGGUGGGGAGGAUGGUCAGGGGCCAGACUGUAUAGGGCCCAGGGAGCCAAGGCCGAGUGUUUGACUUGACCCCACAGGUAGUAGUGAGCUCCUGAGGAUUUUAAAGCAAGGAAUGCCCUGUCACCUCGUGCUUUUGAAAGACUUCUGGCUUGUGGUGGGGAGGAAAGCUUUGAGGGGUUGAGGAGGCGAGGCAUAGCUGUUAAGAAAGCUGCUGUCAUGAGCCAGGCAAGAAAUGACAAGGGCCUGGCAUGAAACAGCCGGUGGCAGAGGGAGGGGUUGGAAGGUCUCCGGAGGAAGUCUUGUGGGAGGAGGGGAUGAGACACUGCAGGCCUCUGCCUGGGAUGGUGGCGUUCACUGAGAACAUGGAUUGGGAGGACAGGAAGUGAGUUUCCUUUGGAUGAGCUGCAUCUGAAGGGGCCAGGAGACCAGGUCAGGGUCUGAGUUACACGUUUGGAUGUAGUUAGCAUGCAAGUCAUGGUUGAGGCUGUGCUAUGUGUAAGAGAGCACUAAGGAGUUGAGUCAACUUCAGAGUCUUGCCUUCUGGAAUGAGAGAAGGGUGCAGGCCGCUGAGGAACACUCCCUUCUAAGUGUGCUAUCUCUGGGAGGCCCCUGAGGCAGUGGUAAGCUCCAGGUCCCUCCACUUGGUUCCCACGCUCUGUUUAUGGAGUGUUCUGUAAAAGAUAUGUAUGUUUCAGAUGUUGACAGAAAACACGGUGAUGCUGGCGAUGAGCAUAUUGAAUUCUUGUCUUUUUAUGAUACACAGAUGGGCCUUGGGAAAAGGCCUUCUUCCCUACUUGUGAAAAUAUGUAAAUAUCAAGUAAGUCAUGGACUUGUUGGGAUGUUGUCUCCCGGUCAGUGAGGAGGAGCUUGGCUGUUCUGCCUGCUACAGCCACCCCCCGACUCCUGGGUUAUGAGGCAGAGGGGUGGGUGACAAGGAGUCAUGUGCAGAAGAGGGAAAAGCUGGCCCCAGGGUUCAUACCUGGUGGUGAACUGAUAUGCUGUCAGGCACUCACAGACAUGCCCUGAGAUUGUAGUUCCCACUGGCCCUAUCCAUUCUUAGAUAUGACUAAUAAUGACAUGACUUCUAGGGCCCUCUUAUUUAGCAGCAUACAGGGGAAACUUACUCUGAUCAUGGGGUCUGCCUACCCUUUUCUCCGUGUGUGUAUGUGUCUGUCCCACCCGCCUGUGUUUAGCACCUCGUUUCUCCUUCUGCAAUGUGGGAAAUUUUCUUGCCUAGUGUUUUAAGACAUAGUUGAUCCUUAGUAAAUAUUUUAAUUGUUGAAUUUAAUUAUAUCAUGUGGUCAAACUAGUUUUUAAAUUUGCAUCCCAACUCCAUCACUUACUAGCUGGGAGUGCUUGUGCAUUUUACAUAACCCAUCAGGGUUUCUGCUUCCUCAUAUGUACAAUGAAAAUGAUAAUAGUACCUACCUCACGGCGGCUGUUGUAAGGAUGAAAUUAGUUACUGUGUGUAAAGCACUUAGAGCUGUGUUGGCACAAGAGUGUCAGCUGUUAUCAAGCCUAUCAAGUUCAAUAAGGCAAGAAAAGUAAAACCGUACCUUAGUAAAGGAAAAAAAAAGUUGACUGUUCAUCAUUUAUUAAUUACCUAGCCAUGUAUAACUACCAGCAAGGAUAAAAUUAAGAGACAUGGUUCAUCGCUGAAGGACUUUGUGGUUUACUUUGUUUUUUGUUUGCUUGUUUGUUUUUUUUUUUUUAAGACAAAGUCUCACUCUGUUGCCCGGGUUGGAAUGCAGUGGCACAAUCUCUG